GCGGUGACUCCGCGUCCGUCCGGCCGCAUCAGGAAACCCAACACCGGCGCGACACCGAGGGAGGGGGGGACACACAAAGGCUGCGCUGUCCCCUCCUGCAGCGCGGCUAUAAAACCGCCUGAAAACGCCCCAAAAGUGCCCAAAACCCCUCGAAACGGCGGCAGCCAGGGCCCCGUGUCCGGUGCCAUGGCCGAGCUGCCCGAAGGGACCGAGCGGACCGAAGGGACCGAGCGGACCGAAGGGACCGAACCGACCGAGCUGACGGAGCUGGAGGCGGCCAUCGAGCGCAUCGUCACCGUGUUUGUCACCUUCGCCGCCAAGGAGGGCAGGAAGGGGACGCUGAGCACCGGCGAGUUCAAGGAGCUCGUGCGGCUCCAGCUGCCCAACAUGAUGAAGGACGUGCCCUCGCUGGAGGAGAAGAUGAGCGAGCUGGACGUGAACAACGACGAGGAGCUGCGGUUCGGGGAGUUCUGGCGGCUCGUCGGGGAGCUGGCCAAGGCCGUGCGCAGGGACAAGGCGGCCAAGAAGUGACAGAGAGGCCUCUAAAAAAUAAAACAAAAAGGUUUUCCCUGAGCCUG